ACAUAUUGUUUGAUUGUUCUACCCCUGUGCCCACUCUCCCUCCCCUCCCCGUAUUCUGUGACCACGGGGACCUCUCAAGUACCGCAUCAGUACACACUGAUGUCGAUGGAACAGGAUACCGGGGCACUGCCACGGCGCAGUGCCAGGCUCGCAGUUCGUGCUCGACCUACGGUACCUCCACGAACCAAGGCUCAGCAACAGAGACUCAGCAGGCGGACGACUCCAGCGGCAUCGAGUACAACAUUGACGGUACCGGACACCACCGGAGUUCUUCCCGCAUGCCCGGUCCGAAGGGCCAGUGAGCCAUUGGCUGACUAUUUUGGGCGGCUACAGGUAUUUACAGAUACUGUAGCUGCCGCCAAGGCUCAGCAGRAGGCAGCAGAGGCAGAACGUCAGCGGCUGGCGAAUGAGGCGGCAGCCCAAGCUCAGCAGACUGCCGAGGCUGACGCAGCGGCACGAGACCAACGGAAUGCCGCCAGUACGGAGUCCCUGAUUCAUAGUGAAAGUCAGUGGACAACGUUCCUCCAAGGCAUGAUCUUUGUGCCUUCGGACGCGCAGGCAGAUCCGAUACCGGCGGAGGCAGAGAGGACUCACCUGGCUAACUUGAUGCUGGGCAUGAUGAGAGGCAUCAUGUGGAAUAACACACUGCUGCAGGCACAUCUGCGCACGGAACGACAACAGCAACAAAAGUACCAGCAAGACAUUGUUGUUUUAACAACUGCCAUCCGCGCCGAAGCAACGCAGCAGCAGGAACAGCACCAGCUGUUGAACUCCGCUCUCGCACGCAUCAACAACAUUGAGGCUGACGCCUCAGCAGCGCCAGGCUGCACGACAGACGCGACGAAGCAACUCAAUGAGCGCAUCGAUCACGUUGUCGCCAUCAUUGGCGACAUAAGUGUUUUCAAUGGGCCGGACACGAUCAGUAGCACGGUGGCCCCCAUCAAGACGGACAUCACCAAGCUGCAGACGAGACCGGACGUCGCUACAAAGACCUACAAGAUGCCGCACUUCGACAUCAGCAAGUUCGACGACUACAACAAGUCGGACGCCUUGACAUGGUGGAGACGUUUCCUCACGGAAGCAUCAUGCCGCACUGUCCCGGCAGACAACAUGAUGAAGGCACUCUACUUGCAACUAAUUGGAGGAGCGCAGGCUUGGAUGAACCAUCUGGCGGCUACCAACAAAUGCACCACCGCUGACCUCCACACGCACAUCACGUGGAAUGAGUUCGAGAAGCUAUGGUUCACCCGGUUUAUGGUCCGCAACGUCGUGAAGGCGGCCAUGAACGAGGUGUACACCUGUUCUCAAGGAAAUAUGCCAAUUCGAGACUGGACAACCAAGUGGCAGAAGAUAGUGACCACGCCAGGAUUCGAUUUGAGUUUUUCAAAUCAACGAUCCGAGUUCUUCUCGCGAUCGUGCGCGGGACUGCGGUCGGCACUCAGCAACGAGUACAACUAUGACACGUUCCAGGCCAUUCUGGAUCGUGCGAACUUAGUCAUCCAAACGGAUGACAAGGCCGCAAACGAACGGCAGUCCCAGCCGCAUUAUGCUGCCGACAUAGACGUCCCUUGCUCUUCCGCUUCCGUCCGGAAGUACCAGGACUUGCUGAUCAAAGCCCGCACAAAUAUGCAAAAGGCUCAGAUCCGCAUGCAGCAGCAAGCUAACCGACGUCGACUUCCAUGUCCUUUCCGCGAGGGAGAACUUGUUUGGGUCCUCUCCGAGGAAUUUGCGCUCGAGCAGGACGUUUCGCGCAAACUCCUUCCGAAACGGUUCGGACCAUGGGAAGUCAUUUCUGCCGUUGGAGACGAUCCCGCAGGUCCUUCCUUCGUGAUCAACAUUCCACCGCACUUGACAGUGCAUCGGGUCUUCCACGCAUCAAAGCUGGCCAUCUACACGCCACCUUCAGAUGACGAGUUUCCCGGACGUCGAUCACAUGAUCCGCCCUCCAUGGACGGACAUCAGGAAGUGGACCGAGUCAUCACGCACCGCAAGUAUGGCAACAAGCCAAUGCAGUACAAAGUCACAUUCAAGCAAUGUGCGCCUGACGACACUCGGUGGAUCUCGAGUGUGUUACAUCUUCGACGCCACACGGGUCCUACCGGACCCGACUCAGGGCUAGAGGGACACAUCAGGGCCUAAAGGCCCCACCUUGGGGUACUACAGGCCAUAAAGGCCUCACCUUGGACCAGACCCGACGGGCAGGCCCAAACGA